CGCAAAGUCGCAACCUCCAUUUGCGACCCAAGUAAUUUACGCGACAAUACCUACUUUGUACGCGUCGGAACCUUCUUCUUGCCAACCACUGUUCCUGGUUCCAAUAUCCGAUUCUCACGAAACCCUACCUCGACGCCAGAUGGAUCUCCGUCCAGUAUCGAAAUAUCGGUAGUAGAGCUCCGAACUGCCCAAGCGCAAAUCAACUUCUUCGACAGCUCGACUCGAUGGAACGGCCGACCAAACGAUCGCGAACAGGCCCUGCGCCCUUCGACGAUGAAGAGGUUGUUGGCGACGAGCUCAACCACCAGCCCGAGGAGGUCAACCAGCUACGAGACCCCGGCUACCAACUCGAAAAAGCCCGAUCCUUCGCUGCCUUCAAGUUAAAGUCAGCUUUCGAGAGCAUCUUCGAAAAGUAUGGGAAAGACUUUAAUGGCGUUGGCGACGAAAUCGAUCUGAGAACUGGCGAAAUUGUUGUCGAUAACGGCCACAUCAAGUCUCUGAAAACGGCGACAAUUGGUGUCGAGAACGAUGAUGGCGACGAGUCUGAAUCCGAGUCGGGAAACGAGGAAGAGACGAUAUCACACGGACAAGAAAGCAAACAGAAUGCGACUGCGUUGCAAACCGUUCCGCGACCUCUGCCUUCCAUGGCGCCGCCAUCAACUUUCGGCGCGUUUGGUCCAGGUUACAACUCGUUUCCGGGAGGGCCUCCACAACUGUCUAAUAUGAUGUAUCCCGGCCAGACGCAAUUCCAAUCGUUCUCAAUGCCGUUCAGUGCGUUCAGUUCUGCGAGCAAUUCGAUCGAUCCCGCGUGGAGAGCACCCGACCUACCUCAACCGGUUCCCUGGGGAGGAUUCUGGACUCCUGGCACCCAAUCCAGGGUCAAGACAGUGGCCAAGGUGCAGCAACUCAUUGCCGGGACUAAUCGUGAUCAGGAGGGUGAGGAUGAGGAUGACAUUCUUCUAGAUGUAUCGACGACUGAAACCACCAAGGCGACUGAGAAUACCUCGGUUAUCACCAAGAAGCUGGCACCCUUUCGUCCUCCAUCCAACGUCUCUUCCCCGGUCAAUCGCCAGCCAAAGACAUCCACGGCCACGUCGACCCCAAAGUCGACUGACAAGCUUGAUACUGCGAAGGCAAAUGGAGAGAAAAAGAAGACUCCCAAGAGGAAGACACCAGCGAAAAAGCCGCCAGCGAAAACGAAGCCUGUUGAAGAGCCUAUCACUAGUCUAGUGGACGAAACAGGCAUACAGACCGCUGGUUCUCCUGUAGUUGACGGCCCAUCAGCAGACACUCAACCUGUUACUGAUACACAGCCUGCUGUCGAGCAGACGCCAGUUGCUGAGAAGCCAGUAAUCGAAGGUCAAGCCUCUGUUGUGAGAAAUACUAAAGAGGUGAAAAGAAAAAGGACGCCAAAUAGAAAGACACCAACAAGUAACAAAGCCUCUUUAGAGCAGAGCGAUGAUUUCUCGGGGGCGAGCCUCGUAAAAUCUGCCCCUGUUCCCGCGGAGAAAGAGUCUGUUGCAGAGCUUGAAUUUGAGACUCGUCCUAUCGUCGAGCACGAACCUAGUGUUGAAAAGGGGUCUGACCAGUCUUCUGUUGAAAAGCCCAGGGUCGAGGCCCCUGUUGUCGAAGACCCUGCUGUUAGCACUGGUAAAAAGACAUCGAAGAGGAAGACUCCAACGAGGAAGGUUUCGACAAGGGAACAAGAUUGUCAGGAGCCAAGCACUAAUCCAUCGGCGAAUGAUAGCAACCGGUCCACGCUGGCGCCUACAGUUGAGCAGCCUUUAGUCGGGACUGAACUUGUUGAGAUUCAAUCCUCUUUGACAGUUCACAGUGGUCCCGGACAGCCCUAUGUUCAAGAGACUAUUGCAAGAGAACCAGUUGUGGAGGAGACUUCUAUCGACGAAGGUCCCGUUGCCGAAAUCGAGCCUCCUUCCGCUGGGGGCGAUGGAGACCAGUCUGCAAGCAUCUCAGCAACGGUCACUAAGUCAGUAAAUCACGAUCGUCCAGAGAUACCGAAUUCUACGGAUUUAAGGACGGUGAGAAGGAAGAGGCGCCUCUCGAAGCGAGACCACUCUUCUCCAGCUGGGGCCAAUGCCUCGAGAUAUGAACAGUCUCUCUUUAAUGGAGAAACAAACGCGAAUACCACCUUGAAAUACUACAGCCCCAGCCGCGGCACACUUAUCACAAAGCCAAGCAACCAGCAACUUUGGGUCGAGAUACCAGUAGAUGGUACCUUGGACCCUAAGACCUUCCAAGUUGUUGUCGAUGACGAUACUCUGAUAGCAGAAGUUCCAGCACUGGAAGUAGGAAGAGAAACUACCAACAUAUUGGCAAUAGAGGAAAUGGCGAGGGAUGGCGUUGCCAAACCUCAAGUUCCUGGCGGCCCCGAAACUCAAGCAGAGGCUGUCGAAGAACGAAGCCCCCCAUCGAACGAUCUGUCACAUGAGGUCUUCACUAGGAACGUUGUCGACUCGGCAUAUGCCUUCUCUGACGAAGAUGAGCCAGCCAUACCAAAGGCGAGAGUUCGACGAACUGAGCCCAUUCAACCCAACCCCAAGCCCAAAGCCGCGGAGAAAUCUAACGUAAAGGAAUUCGGGAUACCGACACCAGCAUCGUCAUUUGACCGCAACAGCCAAACUACCGAGUCUCAAGCUACUUCACAAGCGGAAAUACCGAUGGAUGAACUACCCGUCAUUUCAGCAAUUGUGUCCACAGAGACUGCUCGCCUAACGCAAUCAGCAGACUCGGUUCUGCUUGACAAGACCAACACCGAAGAACUCCCUUCACUGCCCGAGCCUGUACAGGUUAUCAAGCCUAGGCGGGGUAGGCCGGGAAGAAAACCCAAAACUCCGAUAGACCUGAGCGAAACCAUCUCACCAGUGGCAACGAGCACAUCUGCCGUGACAGAAAAGCCAUCCGAGCCGGCUCCCAUCAUCACCGCUUUAGCACCAACUCGGUCUAGGAGACAGAGUUUGAGGCUAUCAAGGGGAAGGCGGGAUUCAGAUAUCACCAUUCCAGAGUCCAUAACACCACACACGACGGUUAGGGCGUUACCGCAGGAAGACGAUUCUAUUGUUAUUCAAGAGAGUCCACAAGGCACACCCGAACCCGAGGCCGAGCCUGUGGAUGAGCCUGGAAGGCCAGCUAGCCCAACCUGGACUGCAACCAUUCCCGCGUCUCCCAAGUUGGCAGAGACUUCAGCUCCUGAUCAAGAGCUACCGGAGGACAGCCUGCUAGAGGAGGCAAUAGCUCGUCAGCGAUUCUGGUCUCCUAAGCCUGAAUCAAUCAUUCUAGGCCACGAGCCAUCACCACCGGGGCCACGAGCAGAGACAAUCUUGGAGGUCGUGAUCCCUUUUAAACGGAUGCCACCCACCUCGGCUUCGCCUCCGCCACAGGAACAAGAACACAUCACCAAAGAAAUCCAACCCCAGCAGCAACCAGAACAACCAACAACCCCUCUGAAAACAAGGCCGAGAGGACGCCCAGCCUCUGCCACUUCCCUUCCCACGGCAACCAUCACUACAACCGCCAAGGUCAAGACCAAAGCGGGCUCUGGCUCAGGCUCUGGCUCAAGGACGGGAUCUGGAUCAGGACCAAGCAGGAGAACAACCCGGACGCCCUCCACCACCACCACACGCACCACCACAGCCCCUACCACCUCCUCAAGAAAACGGACCCUCACCGGCACCCUUCUAAAACAAAGCCAAGUCCAGACCCCCGGGGGCACAUCCAAAUCCACCAAAUCCACCAAAUCCACCACCAAAUCCCUCCUCGCCGGCGGCAACACCAGCAUCCUCUCCCUCAUCUCCUCCGACACGGACGACGAAGACGAACUCACUCUCGAUUUUGGUGGCACCCCAUCAGGCAACAACCCACUGAGGAGAUCCGUCAGCACAACAACAACAACGAAAAAGACAGCAGCUACAUCUACCACCCCUUCAGCUUUGCUCCUCCUCCGGACAACUCCAUCCCGCAAACCUCCUUUUUCAGCUCAAGCUGGUGGACAGAAGAGAAAGACAACCAGCUUGGCGAAGAUUGCUUCUUCUAUUAGUGUUGGGAGAUCAACAACGCCUGCUACUAGUCGUUCUGGUGGUGCUGUGACUCCUCCCACUGGCGGCGGUUCCGAGACAGGAGGAGACUUUGACUUUGUCGGGUCGGAAGUGAUUCAGACGCCUGGCGGGACGCUGAGACGGUGUGGUGAGGCUGGGUUUAGGUGCGAUAGGGAUUUUUGCUUUGGGUGUUUGUAG